UUAGGUACAGAUCUUUGAUUAUUGCUUGUUCCAGCAUUUGAGCAAGCAUGCAAGACAAUGUUUGAGCAAGUAGAUGGUGCAUUUCAAAAGGGAAUGUCUGAGCACUCCAAUGCUAUUCAGCAGCAAGUUGAGGCUGCACAUACUCCGUUAGCGCUAACUCUAAAAGAAACCAUCAAUUCUGCUUCAUCAAUCACCCAGAGUUUUUCAUCGGAGUUACUUGAUGGCAAUCGCAAGCUAUUGGCACUUGUUACUUCUGGGAAUGCCAAGGCACAUAAUACCAGUGCUUUGCAGCCCAUUAAUGGUCCUAUGGGUGGUCCCCAAGAGGUUGAGGCUCCGUUAGAUCCGAUGAGAGAGCUGAGCAGACUGAUAUCUGAACGCAAGUUUGACGAAGCAUUUACAAUGGCUCUUCAAAGGAGUGAUGUUUCCAUAGUAUCGUGGCUGUGCUCCCAGGUUGAUUUGCGGGCACUAUGUGCAAUGGUUCCAGUACCUCUUAACCAGGGGGUCCUUCUGGCCUUAUUGCAGCAGCUAGCAAUUGACAUUCACAAUGAGACAUCACGGAAGGUUCAAUGGAUGACAGAUGUUGCCAUGGCAAUCAACCCAGCAGACCAGAUCAUCCCGGUGCAUGUGCCACCAAUCUUUGAGCAAGUCUACAGCCAAUUGGCCCACCAACGGACACUCCCCACGACCGCAUCAGAUGGCACCAGUAUCCGUGUGAUCAUGCAUGUAAUCAACUCGGUUCUGCUUAGCUACAAGUGAUUGCAGCUAUGCAACUGUGGGAAGUAUGGCCUAUUU